AUGGCUACCCGCAUGCGUCCUACAUCCAUAGGGUCUAGGAUGGAUCCAGACUCUGAGGACGUGCAGCGGCAUUAUAUGUUACGCACCCGGAGAGAACGGGAUUCAGAACUUCAAGCGGUAUGCACCCUUCGGGAUAUGAGAAAAGAGGAAACUGUGGUCAGGGAUGAGGGCUAUUCAGGGUAUUUUGCUAAAAUAUCUUCCUGGGUGGCGAUAGGAUUGCGCCCUGUGAGCAACAAGCGAUCUUCAAGGGAUGUCCGCGAAUAUGAUCUUACAACUGCAAAUGCAGCGGCUAGUUAUGUAACUCGUGGUAGUUACUCAAAACCGGCGGCGACGAAGAAGCAAGAUGUCUCCUCCCUUGGCAAGCAUGAGGAUGAGCCACUGAGCUCAAUAGGGUCAAAAGCCGCCUACGGAUCAUUUCGAGAUAGCGGAGUGUCGGGUUUAGGGGAUGAGGACUUCAAAGAAGAGUGGCAAGAGGCAAGAAUGGCGGCAACCGGGGCCAUGUCUUCUAGUCGGAAGCAGGCGGCAUCUAUGGGGAGUCCUCCUGAUGGGGUUUCUGAUCUAACUGAAGCCUUUUCAGCGGCAGCUAUAAGCCAUCGAGCCUCACAGCACGGGAGGCCCACUGCGGAGAGGAAUGUUGAUUUUCAACUAAGCCCUAAAAGGCCUUAUAACCCAGCUGUUACCAAUUCCCGGAGAGAGAUGUAUACCUCACACCCGCCGGUGAGUACUACACUCGAUGAAAAUCGGAAACGGGACACCCUACAAGCUGCAGCAGUUUCGAUGGCAAAGCAGAUGUAUGCAAUUAUACCAAAAGAGGAUGUCACCGGAGAUAUGGAAACCUCAAGUUUCACUAUGGAGGAGUCAGAGGAACGAACACCCCGGCAUCAGCGUCCUACGGGUGGAAGAUAUCAGCCAAAUCCUGAAGUUAGCUCUAUCCGAGCCAAUAACUACCGUCCCCGCUCACAGGAAUAUUUUGCCGCAACCAAGGUCCGACCACGAUCUGAAGGUUCAGCUGAGGGCGGAAGGUAUUUGGGCGGCUCAGUCAAACGAGCUCGCACUCAGUCUAGGCGUAACCGGAACGAAGUCUACUACGACGAUGAAAUUAUGGAUGCCGCGCAGAGGAACGUCAGGAGGAUGAUGGACAAUAUUGAUAAUCACAUCUAUAGUUAUCGCUCACGCCCAUCACCAGCGAUUAUGAGAGAAUGGGAGCGGCAUGCCAAUGAACUUGUUUUGGCAAACCGUGAAUCCACGGCCUUUGUCGAUGUUGGCCCAGAACAGAUGAGAGCCGGAGCGCCUCUACUCCCACCGAGGAAUGUGGAUGAUAUGGCAAGAGCAAGAGUGCGGCCAGCUUUGCACAACAUUGAUGAUCAAGUGGCAAGACAAAAAUCCAGAAGAAUAACGGAUAAACUGGAUGAGGAGCGCUACCAUCGUUUUAUUAAUUCCCAGAUGGAACGUGACAAGGAAGUCCAUCGACUUAAUAAGCAGAUAAUAGAUCUCAUGCGGCAUCCUGAGAAGGAAAUACGAUGGAAGCGGGACAAGAAGAGGUCACACGACAGAUACGUAUCUGAUGAUGAACAGGUGUCAACAUGGCCAUACCCUCCCAAGCGUGUGAGUGAUGAGGAAGAAAAGGGUGAAACUAUAUUCCAAGCUCUAGAAGGAGGUGGAAGAAUUCCAGAACGCCCUCCACGACCAUACUCUGCUCCGGGACCGGUUGAAGCUCCCCCUGAGCCGACAAGUCAUCCCGCAGAGACGGCUGAAGCUGCUGCUGCUGCUGCUGACGAGACCGAAAUAAGCCAAGAAAAUCCGGCUGUUGAAGAAGCAACCAACGAGGAAACUACUCUUACUGAGCAGGCUGGAACUCAGGCAAAACACAUCCGCAGGCAGAAAGCUAUUCACAAGACAUGGUUCACAAGACCGCAAGAAGAUGGCGCAGAAGGCGAGCCACCGUGCGAAAUAGAACGAAUUGAGGAACGGAUAGUGACCGAGAUCGAAAAAGAACGUCCCGCAACUCCUGUCCAACCCAGUGCUCCAAUGGCUUUGGGGGCAUUGAUACCCCCUGACAGUCCACGCCAUGCGCCCUCGAGCCAUUGGAGUAGCUCAAACGAGAGCGGGAUGGACUCGGGCCGUGGGAGCCCUGGAGCACAGAGGCAGGAAGAUGGAACCAGGCCAAAGAAACGCAUAGCGUUCCCCCACUUGUUCCAACGGCCUGCUAGGCGUAGUGGGAACCAGGGCUCUUUCACCGUCAACAGACGCUCUGUGCCCAAAGCUCCAAGUCCUCCUCGAACAAGUCCGGCACCUGGUGAGGCAGCAAGCGGGAGCCCGACUGUACCUGGAUCUAGGAUAUCCAGAUUCCAAGAGGAACUUUAA